UUUUCCUUUAUCUGUCAUCAUCUUUUUUGCUAUUAAGCUAUGAGCCCAACUCAUCCCGAUAUUGAUUAUGCCAAUAAGGCCAUUCUUGCUCCUAUGGUACGUAUUGGAACUUUGCCUAUGCGUUUAGUUGCUCUUAACUAUGGAGCAGAUCUUGUUUGGUCAGAAGAAUUAGUAGACAAACGUAUUAUUGGAUCAGCUCGUCAAGUGAAUCACGCCACAGGCACUAUUGAUUAUUACAAGGGAAAAUCAUUGACAUUCAGCACUUGCGAAGCAGAAAAAGGCAAAGUGAUCCUUCAGUUAGGUACAGCCAAUGCUGAUUUAGCCUUACAAGCUGCAUUGACUUUAAAGCAAGAUGUUGCUGCUGUGGAUGUGAACUGUGGUUGUCCUAAAAAGUUUUCUAUACAAGGUGGCAUGGGUGCUGCACUUUUAUCUGAUCCAGACAAUCUGAAGAAUAUUUUAACGACACUAGUACAACAUUCUGGUAUUCCAGUUACCUGCAAAAUCAGAUUAUUAGAAACAAAAGAAAAGACACUUGAUCUCGUCAGAAUGAUUGCAUCUACAGGUGUCAAGGCACUCACUGUGCAUUGUCGUACAAAGGAACAGCGAUCUACCGAAAAGGCCAAUUGGGAUGCAUUAAAAGAUAUUGUGCAAACAGUCAAGUCAGUGACUAAUAUUCCUGUUAUUGUUAAUGGUGAUGUGUUUGAGUAUGCUGAUUUUGAAAAGGCAAAAGCAAUGACAAAUGCUGAUUCUGUCAUGGUUGCUCGAGGUGCUCAAUGGAAUCCUUCAGCAUUCAGAAAGGAAGGUUUGUUGCCUUUUGAAACAGUUGUUCGAGCCUAUAUCAAGAAAGCAAUUGAUUUGGAUAAUCUCUUUCAAAAUACAAAGUAUGUUUUGUUGAGCAUGAAUACCGAAGAUACAAAACAUACCCGCUCAGAUUUAUACACCAAGAUUCAGCGAUCGAAAUCAAUGCGAACUAUUUGUGAAUUGUUUGAUUUGGUAGACUAUUACGAGGAAGCAGUAGCCAAACAAAAAUCAAGAUUAGAAGAAGCUGAAAAGAACCAAAAUACUGAAAACGCCAAGAGAGAUAGAGAGGAAGAGCAAGUUACUAAAGCAGAAGAACCUGUAGAAAAGAAAACCAAGACAGAAUAAGUAGUUUUUUAAUAGAUAAUAAAAUAGAUUGUUAUGUAAAUAGUACUGUAGAAUAGAUUUGUUUUUGCAAUUUCACUCUAUUUGCUUAAAAAAAUUGUUUGUUCCAUUAAAG